GAAUUUGUUUAGCUUUAUAGUUGUCAAGGUCUUUUGGUACUCGUUAUUAACCUUGAAUUUGGUGGAAAUUCAUCCCGUCAGAUGGAAUAUGUAUUUUCUAAUUAACACCAAUGCUAGUUUUUAAAAUGUUUACCGUGUAAUGCUAAUGUCUUGUUGAGAAAGCAUCAGAUCAAAACUUGGGAAAUAGCUCAAAAAAAAAAUAAUUAUAGCAUACACACAAAUACCGAAAGUAUAUAAAUGUUGAAGAAAUGAAAAGUGAAAACGGCAAAAAAUUCCUCGAUUCUACUGAUCAUAAUAAUUUCAGUCAAUUAACAACUAUUGAACAAGAUACUCAAUUUUCCAGUGUAGUACACAUAAUAUUUCCAAUUGGACAUUUAUAGAUACUUAACUAUAUAAAAUAAACGAUUGAAAUAUUCCAAUCAACAUGGUUUUUGGAAAACAAAAAUUAUCUCAAUUAUUUGAUUUUACCAAAUUUGCUGCUAUAAGUAAUGUUUCAUUAGAUCCUCGAAAAAUAAUGGAACGUAAUACUAAUCUUCAAAAGAUUUUAAAAAUAUUAGCUUUAAUUAUUUUGGUGAUCAGUUUUAUUGGACUAAUAAUUAUCAUUGUCUUGUAUAUUAUAAGUCAUAACAUUCCAGAUGUGUAUUCAGUGGUGAUUGAUGCAGGAUCAACUUCUUCAAAACUUCAUUUAUAUAAAUGGAUCGAUGAACCAUUUCGAUCAAAUGGAAAAGUUGAUGAAGUAACUAAUGAAAAAGUUUCUCCUGGCAUAUCAGCUUAUAUUAAUGAACCAAUUAAAGCUUAUGAAAUAUUAAAACCGAAACUUGUUAAAUUAACAAGUAAAUUAACAGUUGAACAAAAAAAGCGUACACCAAUUUAUUUGGCUGCGACUGCUGGUAUGCGAUUAAAAUUAAUUGAAGAUCCGUUAGGAAGUUUAGAUUUAUUCUCAGUACUUCGUCAUUAUUUUAAACAGUCUGGUUUUCAAAUUGAAACACCAAAUGAACGUAUUCGUUUAUUGUAUGGAUCAGAAGAAGGACUUUAUGGUUGGGUAUCAGUGAAUUAUAUUUUAGGUAAUAUUAAAGAAGGUAAACAAACAAAUCCUACUGAUACAGUUGGUUCUUUGGAUCUUGGUGGAGCUAGUACACAAAUUGCAUUUGUUCCUAGACAAUAUUCAACUAUACCAAAAGAACAUUUAAACUUUUAUCCACUCCGAUUAUAUGGAAAUGAUUUUUCAGUAUAUAGUCAUAGUUUUUUAUGCUAUGGAAAAUCGGAGUUUGAAAGACGUUUAAUGACUUCCAUUGCAGCACAAUUUCCUUUACAAAAUGAAAUUCCUAAUCCAUGUUUUCUUCAAGGCUAUAAAUCAGAUUUGUACAAUGCACUUGAGUGGUUCACUGGAAGUUGUUUAUCUGGAACUUAUGCAAAGAAAACAUUUUCUGAGGAAAUUUUCCGACCUCCUUGACUUAAUCCGUCUGUAUAUUUCAAAAAAGGUCAAUCUACUUAAGUAAAUGGGAAAAAUUCAAAUGUUCCUGUGAGAUGAAAAUAUUUUUCAACAGAUUUUCACCAUAAAAAUCUAACAUUUUCUGUAACUAGUAGUCAGUAGGCGUUUUAACAUUGACCUCAUAUGUAUAACGACUCACGUGCAAAUGAGUUUAGUCUCAUCUAACGCAGUUAAGCCCUUUUGCUAACUCAUUUAACGGACAAAGUCAUCCGCACUAUAACAACUUAUUGUACCCUUAUUAUUUUGUGCGUGUAUGAAAUACGUAUGCUUGAAUAUUGCUUACGGCCUACGCAUUUAUUCACUCUGCUAGUCUUACUACUAACUGAUUAUUUGAUUCGAUUACUCAUUCAUUUCACAUGCUAUAUAUAUAUGUCCAUGUUAUUCAUACUCACUCACACACACACUCUCGUCUCGCUCUUGCUAUGGCUCUCGCUCGCUUGCUUGCCUUUCGGCACAACUCUUCUAUGCUUGUUUAACGCAUCUGUACAUUUGGAUAUAUGUUUGUGGUCUCGUAAUAAACGUAAUCAACACUUCGUAUUUGCCUUCUGAUUAAUAAACCGUUGGGACGUUGUAUAGAACGGUUAUCAAGACGAGCUGUAUACGAAGUUUAAGGAUUAUAUCGAAUACCGACCACCACAUAUGUCAUCCAAUAUUGGAAAUGUUAAAUAUCUAUUUAGUAAGAGAUCAGGUCAUCAGACUAAGUGAUCAAUAUUUUGUUGUAAGUGACUUAUGAAGAUUGUGAAAUUUCAUAGUUCAUAUCAUGAACUGGUUUUAGUUAUACAACUACUAAAAAGUAGGAAGUGUCAGAAAACUGUUUCGUAUAAUGGUGAGAUUUUUCAUAAAUGCCCAUCUAUGACCCGACAGGGGGAACUAAAACCUCAGGCCUUUAGAAUACCAAGCAGGAAUUCAUAGGUCUACAUUUCUAACAUCAAUCAAUUCUUGAUAUUCCGUUCACUAUUGGGCCUGUAGGUUCUAUUAUUCGAUUCCCGGUAGAAUUGUGGAUGUGCACUACUGAGGAAUUUCAUACCGGGACAUAAUUGCUAUACGGUACUCCUUAGUUUUAAAUAGCUUUCGAACUAAAAUCAAUCCGUAAUGGAAACUAAUCAAUUUGUUUUUGUUUUUAAAAUAAUCCUUUGAAAGUUAUUGCUUGUUCUUCAGAUUUACAAAUUAAACUAUACACUUAUCUACAUUAAUCCACAGUUUACUGUUCUGUUUCCUGUAGUUAGUUACUUUAUCUAUUAAAUAUAUUAUGUUGUUGUUUUCUAUUUUUAAAGUUAUUUGUCAAUUAGUUUGACAAUGGUAUUGUAUUCAUUAUUCAUUAUUUAUGAUAGAUCUUAGUAAAACACAUGAUAAACACUUUUUUUUUCUCUUUAUACUUUAGAAUAUGAAUAGUUUUUCAUUUACCGGUAUAGGACAACCUAAUGAAUGUGUCAAUUAUAUCCAGAAACAUUUUCAAACGAAAUGCAAUUUUUCAUCAUGUUCAUUCAACAAUGUUUUUCAACCAGCUCCAUUUGGAAAGUUUUUGGUAAGCCAUUUUAUGUUAAUGUUUCUAUGUUAAUGUUCACAUAGGGACUUGCUAUCCUCCUUUGCUAGUGUUCGAGAGUUAUACGUUAUUAAGUGAAUUCAUCAGUCGAUUUAAGCUAGAUCACCAUUGAUAACCUGGAAACAUUGGAAGGCCGCCUCGUCUUAGUAUAGGACUCCUAAGAAGUGCGCACCGACGAUCCCGCAGAGGCUAAUGUGUGUGAGUGAACAAAUACAUAGGUGAAUUUAUGGUCAAACCCAAUCAAGGUGCAGCGAAGCACGCCAAAGGCUACUAUUAGGAUUCGAGAACAUACAUAUAUGGGGAUGAGGAUGACUCAUCGAGUAAUAUUUAAGCGACUAACAUUUAAGCUAGAGAGAAGUAUGUGCGUAGUCUAUCCCAUGUGAUCAAGCCUACAUGUUUAUACAGACAUGAUAGUGUUCACAAUAAUACAAAGAAAUAAACGAGUUGUUUGUCAAAUAAGUUAGUAAAAGGGCUUGAAAAAAGUUAACCAUAAUCGAAAUUAAACGUAGGAGUGUUGCUAUAAUUGUUUCAGUCUUUACAAUCAACUAUUUUAUUCGAACAUGAACCACUGAAACACCUCGAUUUCAAUGAGAAUAAUAUUUUUCCCCUGGAUUUCCUGCUCCCUUUUAACAAUCUUUUCCAAUGAAUUGCCUAUCAAGUCAACAAUAUGAUCCCGCAUGACAAAGAUCUAGUGAUAUGUGGUGUAUAUUGAAUUUGUGAUAUAGUUCAUCCUUUUUUGUUGUUAAAAUGCUCAUCAUCAUUGUUAUUCAAUCAAUCACUAAUAAAACGAUUUGCCCAAAGGUUAAAUUUUAACAAAAGAGAAGAACUCAUCUAUUUACAUGUUGUACCUAAUGUGCAUCAAAGGUAACAAGUAGUUGUCAUGACUUUUUCCUCAUACUAUAUCAUAUCCACCCUAUGAGUAAGAAAAAUAAUUUUCCUACCAGUUCGAAUCAAUCUGUGCAUUACAAUAAUAUCUUCCAGAAUUUUCUCUUUAAAAUGGGCGAUAACUGAGAUUUAAUGGUUGUGUUCCCAGGUCCUACUGCUAAUACUUGAAAACAGAAAUUACUACAAUUCCUGCGACACUAAGUACAAACACGGAAGACUUAAUAUAGUGAAGAUUGAUUAACUAUUUAAAAACAUAUCUUUACUGUUUGAACUACGAAUAGAUCUUGAUAAUCAAUGAAUUGGUCACUAAACAUAGAUGACUAUAUCAUAAAAUUAGGCAUCUAAACCAGUCAAUAUAACUAACACGGAGCUAUGGAGAUCAGCGCGAGCGGAACGACUAAAAAAGCGACUUAUUAAAAAAGGAACGAGUAUGACAUACGCUACUGUGAUACUUAGACAGAUAGACACAGGUAGUAUAUAGCAGGAAUUGGAAUUGGAAUACUUACCAGC